AUGGACGCAAACACAAGUGCUGGCAUAGACGGAAUUAGUACUAAAGCUAUCAAAUGCAUUAAGAAUAUUAUUGCCAGUAAUUUAGCUGAGAGUGUCAAUAAAUGUUUCUCUGAGGGAUACUUUCCGAAUUCUCUCAAGAUUGCUAAGGUCACACCGAUACACAAAUCUGGCAGCAAAAUGGACCCUAACAACUAUAGGCCUAUAUCGGUGUUACCAUAUGGUUUUCGGCCCAAAUCAAAUACUGUUUCUGCUACUGUAGACUUAGUCACAAGAAUUAAAACAAAUAUUGAUGAGAAAAAAAUUACAUUAGGAAUAUUUAUCGAUUUACAGAAGGCUUUUGACACGAACAGACGCCAAAUUGUUAAGAUUGGCAAUGAGCAGAGUGAGCCCCGGACAGUUUCUUGUGGUGUUCCGCAGGGAUCGAUCCUGGGCCCCUUACUGUUUCUCAUAUACAUUAACAAUAUAAGUGAAAUAGGCCUCCAUGGGGACGUCUUCCUAUAUGCGGAUGAUACAAAUUUAAAAUUCCACAGUCUUCACAAAUAUCUCUUAUCAAGGCCCCUCUAUCCCCAGGCUCUCUCCGAGAACAUCUCCGGAGUGAUCCUCUUCCACGAGACGCUGUACCAGAAGGCGGACGACGGCACGCCGCUGGUCAGCCUGCUGGAGAAGCGCGGCAUCAUCCCCGGCAUCAAGGUCGACAAGGGCGUCGUCCCGCUGUUCGGAUCUGAGGACGAGUGCACCACCCAGGGUCUGGACGACCUUGCCCAGCGCUGCGCCCAGUACAAGAAGGAUGGUUGCCACUUCGCCAAGUGGCGUUGCGUGCUGAAGAUCGGUCGCAACACGCCGUCCUACCAGUCUAUCCAGGAGAAUGCUACUGUUCUGGCCCGCUACGCUUCCAUCUGCCAGAGCCAGCGUAUCGUGCCCAUCGUGGAGCCCGAGGUCUUGCCUGAUGGUGAGCACGACCUUGACCGCGCCCAGAAGGUCACCGAGGUGGUGUUGGCUGCCUGCUACAAGGCUCUCAGCGACCACCACGUGUUCCUCGAGGGUACCCUGUUGAAGCCCAACAUGGUGACCGCCGGCCAGUCGUGCAAGAAGACGUAUACUCCCAUGGACGUCGCACGCGCUACCGUCACCGCUCUUCUCCGGACCGUGCCCGCUGCCGUUCCCGGCGUCACAUUCCUCUCCGGUGGCCAGUCUGAGGAGGAGGCCUCCGUCAACCUGAACGCCAUCAACGCGGUUGACCUCAAGCGACCCUGGGCCCUGACCUUCAGCUACGGUCGCGCUCUCCAGGCGUCCGUGCUCCGUGCCUGGGCCGGCAAGCCUGAGAACGUUCUCGCUGGACAGCAGGAGCUUCUGAAGAGAGCCAAGGCUAACGGCCAGGCCUCCCAGGGCAAAUACGUCGCUGGAUCAGUAACAGGUGUGGGCGCCGACUCCGGCCUUUUCGUUGCCAACCACGCUUACUAAACACACACUUUUCCACACUAGCAACACUCGGUCUAUGCACCGUUUGACAGAUUGACAGAUGUUCGCGCGCCAUUUUCUUUUCGUGGUCCAAUUAUGAAAUAGUGACGUGUCACACCACUCACAAAGCCAUGUCGAUAUCAAUUUUUUUGCUAUUUUAAUUACUACAAAAUUAUGUCUGAAUCUUCUUGUGACGCGUCUUUUAUUUCGCGGUCCAUAAAAAUGUCGGUUUGACAGUUAAAUUAGCUGUCAAAAUGCGAUUUAUCGACACUAUUAACUUUUGUCGAUAUAAUCGCUGACAAAACAACUGAAACUAUCAUUUUUCUAUGAACAUUCUAGUUUUUUUUUUAGUAAAACGCAUAAUUAUGUAAGCAUAUGCCUCGAAUAUAAGAUCAACAUUGGUCACGUAGAGUGUGUAGUGUUGUAUUCGUAUGUUGAGAUUAUAGAUUAGUGCUUCAUCGAUUGCGUAGAAUAUUAAAAGGCGUACAACUUAGCUUGCAAAGAUUCUUAAAUCUAUUUUGAUGUUAAAAAUAUAUGAGCAUUUAAAAAAUGUUGUAUCGUCUCAAAAAAUAUGUCGAUUCUAUUCAGAAGAGUCAUUGCAAGAAGAGUAAAAUGUUGAAAUUAUAUCUAGAAAAAUAUUAGAUCGAUGUUGUUAAAUCAAAUGUUAAAAAUUUAUUUUUAAAUUGUAUUAAGUAUUACAGAAACGGUACAUACUGUUAAUUUUUAUCCAUUUAUAUGGUUUUAUAUUUAUUAUCAUUUUAGUUGUAAUGUAAUUUU